GAGGGCAGGGGUUCUGCCAGGAAAAGGCAGGGCUCAGGAGAGCGUGUGCCCACUGCGGCAGCAGGAGGGGCACCCGUGGGUGCCCCGGGAAGGGCGGCAGGGGUCCAAGCAGGUCUGGCCUCAGCCAUGGAGUGUGCUGCUGGGGCUGGAGUGAGCAUCCAACUGUCAUCUGUGGCCAGGAGCGGAGAUGCUGUCCCGAGCAGGGGCAGCUUUAUUCCCAUAGAGGAGAGCCCGUAGAAGCCCCUUUGGACGGCACAGCCGAGCGAGGAGUUAGGGUGGUGCAGGAAGAAGCUGAGAGAUGGGGAAGCUCCCUGCCCAGCCCAUGCACAGGUGGCUGGAGGGCGGGUGCUGGGCUCAGCCCGGCCCGGCUCUUUGCCUCCACACUGCCAGCAGGACUUGGUCUGGGGUGGAAGCAAUAAAGGUGUCAUUUCACCCUGCCCUGUUGUCUCUCUGGUGUACCGGGGGAGAUCUGUUGGUGCCCUGGAGGACCGGGGGCUGCCCAGUGCUCCUCUGCAGCAUGGAGGGGCAAGAGGACGCACCCGGCUGGGCACAGCCUGUACCGGCACGGCUGCCACACCGUGUCCCACAGCCGCGGCGGCUGCCUGGGGCCAGCCUGGCACCGUGCCCGUGGCAUGGAGCCGACUCGUCUCUGUGGGGCCCCAAGCCCUCCCAAGGGUGGCGGGACGCGGAGCCCUCCGCGGCCGGUGCGGGCGCAGGAGGCCCCACCCCAGGGCGGCUGCUGACGCCACGCAGGGAGCCGGGUGUCCGGGAUCAGAGCAGGAAGCGGGAGCCGCUGGCGGCGGUGGGGCCCGUGGAGCCGGGAGAGGGCUCGGGGAGUAGCCGGCGUGGGGCCGGGGCACCCCGAGGCCCCGGCCCCACCAUGCACCCACUGGGGCAGCUCCUGCUGGUGCUGGUGAUGGGGUUGGCAGGUGGCCGUGGGGACCCCCGCGACACCCUGGCCUGCUCCCAGGGCCUCACCUGCCGCCUCUUGGACACCGAUGUGCUGUGCGGGACAGAGCCCCCGGGGCCCAGGCAGGAGCUGGCCCUGGCCCGUCUGCGGCUGGAGCCGGCGCUGCGCUGCACCGAGCCCACGGCCUGUGCGCCCUGCCUGGAGGCACGGGUGCGCCUGGCCUUGCCACCUGCCGCCGGCACCGGCACCGAGUCCCACCUCUCCGUGCAGCCGGGCACCGCUGGGACAGAGGACAGCGGUGAUGGGCGACAGUGGUCACCAGUGACUGGGGCCACCCCAUCCCAGCCCAACGUUACUGGGCUGCUGCUGCUCUCUGGGCACACGUUUGCCUCAUCCCGCUGCGUGGCCGUGGAGGUCUGGGCACCCUUGGGCCCCACACUGCACGGCCGAACCAUGGGCUGGGUGAUCUUCCGGUGCUUCGAGGCUCCGCUGGGCUCCGAACUCCACAUCUCAGCAUACAUGAACUCACGGGGCCGGCAGAGGCUGAGCCAGCAGCAGCGGGUGCCAGACUGUUCGUGGCCCGCAGCACAGGAUGCUGUCCCCCAGUGCCAAGUGCCCAGGCUGCGGGUGUCUCCGGGGCAGAAGGAGGUGGUUGUGGAGGUGGAGGGGGCUGCAGCAGGGCACAGCUACACACUCUGGCUCUACCACAACCAUAGCCAUGGCACCAGUGGGCCAGGGCGUGUGGUGACUAUGCAGAGCAGUCCCAUGAACUAUGUCCUGUCUGCUGAUGAGGUGCUGCCCUGCCUCUGCCUGCAGGUCUGGCCAGAAACCCAGGACCCACUACGGGCCACCCUGUGCCCCUUCUCUCACGAUGCUGAGGCCUGGGAGCGACUGUGGGCGCAGAGCCGGCUGGUCCUGCACAUCGAGGGGCAGGUGCUGACCUGCUCCCUCUCAGCCCCCUGUGACCUCCUGGCUGAGCUGGUGCCCUGCUGGCAGCCAGUGCCCUCCGGGCCCUGCCAACCCCUGCCUGGCCUGCAGCAACCUGCCAGGGGGAAGGGACCACAGGAGUUUGGAGGGCUGCGGCCACACCCCAACCUCUGCGUGCAGGUGUGGAGCGAUGGACAGGUCCGGCUGACUCAGUGCCUGCGGGACCGAGCGCUGCCCGGCCGCCCUGAUGACCUCCUGCUGCUGGAGCGAGGGGGGAAUGCCUCACUGUGUGCCGUGGAGAGGGGUGCCUGCACACCCCUGGCCAGCUUCACCAGCAGGGGAGCAGGGCCCCCUGGCCUGCUGGAGCAGGAUCUGCAGCAGGAUGUGGCAGCGGGGCAGUGCCAGCAGCUGUGGCACCCAUCAAACAGAACUGGGGUUACACUCUGGACCUGUCCCCUGCACAAGUACCUGCGUACCCACUGGGCACUGGUGUGGAUGGGGGUGCUACUGGGAGCUGCCUGUCUCCUACUGCUGCUCUUGAUGAAGAAGGAGGACAUGAAAGGAUGGCUGAAAUCCCUGAGGGCUGGCUAUGGCUCCAGUGGUCCGCUGCAGGGCCGGCGGGCCCUGCUGGUGCACGCAGCAGAGCCGGUGGCGGAGCGGGCAGCGUGUGCCUUGAUGGCAGCUCUGCACUCACUGGGCGUGACGGUGGUGGCAGCACCGGGAGGUGGUAGCGGGGUAGCAGCUUUGGGGCCACUGCCCUGGCUGCACGCCCAGCACCACCGGGCGCUGCGUGACAGUGACACCAUCAUCCUCCUCCUCUCUCCGGCAGCCGUGGCUGCUGCACAGCAGUGGGACGCCAGGGCCAGGGUUGUGCCAGAGUCCGGGGCCGCUGAAAGCAGCCUUGGACCCUGGCACAACCCUGACCCUGACGAUGUCCCCACUGUGGCACCCUGCGAGGUGUUUGCGGCGGCUCUGUCCUGUGCCAUGCCGGUGUUGGCGGUGGCCCACGGGCACUACGUGGUGGCCCGGCUGGAGGCCUUGGUGCCAGCAGUGCCCCCAGCGCUGCGGGCAGCCCCUGCCUUCGCACUGCCCAGCGAGAUGGAACGGUUCUUGCAGGCGCUGGCAGGCCCAGCUCGGCAGAGGGGCAGGUCUCUAGAGCCACACGUGGCGGCGGUGGCUGAGGCUCUGCAGCGGGCGGUAGGAGAAUAAAGGGGUGACAAUGCU